AUGUCUGGCAACAAUCCGAACCGCUUCCGGGUUCGUCCAGCAGAACCACGGGACUGUACGGAAAUCCUGCGUCUCAUCAAAGAACUUGCUGCUUUUGAAAACAUGCCUAAUGCAGUAAAAGUAACAGAAACAGAUUUGCUUCGAGAUGGUUUCGGAUCACGUCCUUUCUUCCAGUGUUUAAUAGCAGAAGCAAAUAAGGAUGAUGCAAUGGAGGAUACCGACAUUGUAGGGUUUGCUAUGUAUUACUAUACUUAUGACCCUUGGAUUGGCAAGCUGUUGUACUUAGAAGACUUCUACGUUAUGGAUGAAUAUAGAGGUUGGGGCAUUGGAACAGAACUUUUAAAAAGAUUAAGCCAGAUAGCAAUCGAAACCAACUGCAGCUGCAUGCAUUUCCUUGUUGUUGUUUGGAACAAGCCAUCUAUAGAGUACUACAUGAGACGUGGUGCUUCAGACCUUUCCACUGAAGAAGGCUGGCAUCUCUUUAGAUUUGACAAAGAAAAUCUAGUCAGAAUGGCUUCUGGAGAAUAA